UAGAGUUGUCGGUGCCAAUCGGUGAACAGAUGAGGGUGGAGAGGUAGGGGUGACACUUUUACCUACAAACUCCGAAGGUCGUCAGAAGACCAGAAGACGACUAACGUUAAAAUCCACAGCUGCUUGGAGCGCCAGGCAUCCCGCACUGUGGUGACUGGUUUGGGGUCCCAACAGGAUACGGGUGUCGAAGGCGAUUCAAUGGCUCAGGUUCACAAACAGGGGGUGACUGCAAAUGGUAUGGUGGACCAGCGGCAGAAUGAAGAAGAGCAGCCAUUUGAGGUUUCCAUUGGCACCUACAAACAGAGAAAUGAUGAGUUUAAAAAACUCUUUCGGCUCAUUCCAGAGUGUGAGAAGCUAAUCGUUGACUAUGCCUGCGCUCUCCAGAGAGACAUCUUGAUGCAGGGACGGCUCUACCUCUCCGAGAACUGGCUAUGUUUCCACAGCAACUUCCUUCUGUGGGAGACAACGCUCACAGUUGCUCUUAGUGAUGUCAUUUCUAUGACGCGGGAGAAGACUGCAAGGCUCAUUCCCAAUGCCAUUCAGAUUGUAACAAGCAAUGAGAAGUAUUUCUUCACAUCCUUUGCUGCAAGAGAAAGAAGCUAUCUGAACAUCUUCAGGAUGUGGCAGAACACACUACUAGAUAAGCAGCUCACUAAGCAGGAGUUUUGGCAGACAGUGCAGCAGAAUUAUGGGAGUGAUUUGGAUUUGAACAUAGAAGACAUGGAACCUGUCCAAAUGCCCACAGAUUCAAUCAUUCGUUCUGGGUGUGUAGGAGAACUUGGCAGCAGUGAAGUACCAAAGAGGAUGGAGAGAAGGUUCAGUUUAAAGACUCCAGUGGUAGAAACGCCCUCUUCAGAGAGCCCUCCAAUGGGUGAUGGAGAGUUAUCUCUGCCCUCAUCGCCAGUUGUGAUCAACGGAAACUCAUUAACAGUGGAGAACCGCAGGAGCCCUUUGCCUUUAUCGGGGAGGAGCUCUCCUGAAAGGAUGAACAAGACACCUGUAUUUCCACUAGAUAUGAAUGGAAAUGAAGACGUGCAUUCUGAAAAAAGUGGGUCUGAUAUUGGGGAAGAAGUAGAGCGACUUUCUGCAGAAACGAUACAAGGACGACUAUAUGUCAACCGGGUAUUCCACAUCAGUGCCUCCAAGAUGUUUGAGUUGCUGUUCACAGACUCGGAAUUUGUACAGCAGUUCAUGGAUGCAAGGCGGAUUUUAGGUAUGGUAUCUACUCCGUGGAUAAAAGAGGCAUCUGGGGGCUGGCGGAGAAAACUAAAUUAUACAAUAACAAUUAACAAUCCACUCAUCGGCAAGUUCACCACAGCAACAGAGACACAGGUCAUGCAUAAAGAAAGCAAAGAUGGACUGUUUUACCUUAUUGAUGCAGAAGUGAUCACACAUGAUGUGCCUUACCAUGAUUACUUCUAUACUGUCAACAGGUUCUGUAUUGCUCGUACGUCAAAGCACAAGUGUAGAUUAAGGAUUUCAACGGAUGUCAAGUACAACAAACAGCCCUGGGGUCUGAUUAAAGCAGCCAUUGAAAAGAACUCGUGGAGUGGCCUAGAAAACUAUUUCAAGCAAUUAGAGUCCAGGUUGCUUGCUGAAGAGGCAGGUGUAAGCCAGGUGCCCAAUGAUGCCAGUAAACCAGGAUCAUUGCGAAGAAGACGAAGGACAUGCAGCCGGUCCCUAACAGAGCAUCUCUCUAGACAGUCAGACAAAGCUCUGUUGGCUGGAGAUGUGAAUGCUGACAGUGGGACAGAAUAUUCACGGGUUCAUGGACGGUUUCAGAAGUCACACAAUUGGAACCUGACUUGGAUUGUUCUAAUAAUGAGCUUUUUUCUAAUAGUCUUGACGGUGCUGAAUGUGAGUCUAUUUCUUAAACUGUGGGCCAUAGAAGAUGUUGCACAGCGUCUUCAUAGCACCAACAGAUACAGAGGCUCAGAGGGAUCAAAUCUGAACCUAACACCAGAAAUCCCAUCAAAACAAUUGCCACUACAGAAGAGCAAAGAAGAAAUCAGUAAAUUAAAGGGAGCACUUCAAGAAUCUAUCCAGCUACUUGAGCAGUUAAGAGGAUCAUUGGUACUUCUCCAGAGGAAUUUUGAGUCACGUAAUGAAACAUCAAAUAGCCCUUGAAUGAUUUUGGCUGUUUGUGGUUCAAAAUAGUCUUAACUGUUUUGAGGUGUGUGCCUUCCCAGCUUGGAAUCUCAUGCUUUGAAUCUGGCUUAGAAAUGUCAGCAGGUUAGAAGCCAUACUAAAAGCCACCAAAAAAGAAACAAAAGUCACUGCAGGAAGUUUAAAAAGUGACCACAUUUGAGUAUAUUUAGUUUUGAAUGAAACAAUAUUUCUUGGACUGUUUUUCCUUCAGAUACCACUAAGAGUUUAUUUGCUGCUAAAAAAAAAUGUAGCUUCUUAUGACCGCCUUUGUUUUUAUUUGCCCUAGGCAUUUGAGAAUGGGCAAAAAAUGCACUAAAAUUAAGUGAAAAACAACAGUUAAAUACACGACUAUAUACUUUUAUUUUAAAAUUGACAUUUUAGUUGAAAUAAAUGUAAUAGUCCAGUGGUUACAAAUAUACAUAUUUUAAUUUCAUAUUUUUUUUCUAACAAAAACACAUAUAGCAGUAAAUGUGUUCAGGCUUUGUAGGAGUAAAGGGUCUUUGAGUGUUUACAUUCAGGAGUAAUGUUUUACAUUAAAUACUGGAGUUACCUCCUGAGAUACCAAAAUCUUAUAGGCAUUUUGAAUAAUGUAAAACUGGAGAGUUUAUUUUUUUUUUAUGCAACUACAUUUUAUGGCAGGGAUUCUUGUAUAAAGAGAAGAUAUCAAUCCUUUUUUAAGUGAGUGAGGAGUAAUGUAAAAGUGAUACUGUGACAGGAUUGAAGAAGCACUUGAAUACCCAAUCUGUAGCACUUAUUAUCCAUUUAAAGUACUGUUUUGUUUUUUUUUUUUCUUUGUAUGGUCUGAACUGUGAUAGCUUGUAAAAAGGUAUUAUUUCAUAUUUGUAUAUGAUGUACCUAAAAGUGACUUACAGAGUACUGCUUUAAAUUAUUCUUAAACAGGGCAAUCCAUCCUGUCAGAUGCAAAAGACGUCAAUGCUCCAGCAGCAUCUUGAAGUUCCUUCCAGUAUUGAGUCAAUUGUCUGACUUACAAAAUGUACCCUUUAUUGGGGGAGGGUGGGGUUGGUGGUUGGGCUGGUGGAGGUGGAGCAAAUGUCACUUUAUAAAGGGUGCACUGUGGAUGGUCCUAAAUCCUGUAUUGCCUUUUAGUAACUAAUUUCUGCCAGUUAUGAUGGCCAUGUGUUUACAGGGAUUUUGUCCAGGUUUUGCUCCAUAGUUUUUUGCACAUAGAAGCAUAAAAUGUAAUUUAAAAGGUUUCUGUAGCAUAAAGAAUACUGAAACAUCUUUGUUUGAAAAAAUGUAUAUGUGUUACACACUUAGCGGCUGUCUAUGAUUAAAACAAGCAGUGUAAAUGAAUGUGCUGUUCGAAUAGGUUUAUUUUUCUCUACGGUUAAUGUUGCCCCAACAUUUUUGUUCUGUAGUUCAUGUGUGUAACAUGCCGUUGUCAAUAAAUAAUUAUUCAAUUCUUA